CUGUCUACUGCUUGCUGUUUGGCUGUGGGCUACCUACUGCAUGUUGUGAGAGACACCUCCCGAGGUUGAUUCACCUUGGUUUGCUUCUUCGUGAUUAAAUACCCGCUGUCCUCGCUCCAGAUCCGUCAUUUCUAUUCCCGCUCUUCUUUAGCUCGUUCGUGAACGAAGAACUAUACCUUCUGUCUCUCUCCCCAUAUUGUCUCACCCCCGGAUUUCUUGGUGUUCCCUCUCAGCUGAACUACCUUGCCUUUUUGUGCCUCAGACUUACAGUUCAUUCAAUUACCUUUACACAAGCUUCGUCCUAACGUCACUCUACCUUUAAGCUGACACGCUGCGCUACUCAACCCCAUCCGAAGUCUGUCGAUCAGGGAACAGCACCCCCUACCCGCCGCCGCACCGUUUGGCCGAAACCUGGACACUGCCCAGGUGGUUCUCUCUUAAGGACCGGGGAGCCGAACUCUUGCAACCAUGAGGCAGCAUCUUUUCUACACAUCGCUUCUGUCGACACUGCUCGCAGCACCGUCAUACGCUCUGCCCGGCUUCUUCUCCGAUGCAGAACGCGCCCAUUUCUCGUCAGACCUCAAACGCUCAAUAGACCCCGAAUCUCCAGCAGCAAUCAUGGCGAGACAAGCAGCCGACAGAUCCGGCCGCUGGCGGCCCCAAAUCCACUUCUCACCACCCGCCGAAUGGCUUAAUGACCCAAACGGCCUCUUUGUCGACUCGGAUGGUGUCUGGCACAUGUACUACCAAUAUGCCGACAACGUCGCGGGCGAUGGCGUGAAGAACUGGGGCCACACGACGGCCACCGAAUUCUACAAUUGGGUUGAUCAUCCUGUUGCCAUUCCCGCCACUGCGCGCGAUGGCUCCAUCUGGUCAGGAAGCGUCGUCGUCGACAAGAACAACACGUCUGGCUUCUUCCCGUCUGACAAGACAAGCGGAAAGGACAACAUCAUUGCCUACUAUACUUCAUGGGAGCCUGAUCAGGAAUCCCAGCAUCUUGCGUGGUCAUACGAUGGCGGCGAGACUUUCAACCAGUACGAGAACAACCCGAUCAUUUCGCUCAACAGACACGGUUUCCGCGACCCCAAGCCCUCGUUCCACCAUGAGACCAACACCUGGGUCAUGGUGCUUUCCCUCGAGAGUGAAGUCGCCUUCUACACCUCCACCAACUUGGUCAACUGGACGCAGUCAUCCAUCUGGAAUCCUCAGCGCAACAUUGGCCUGAUUGAGUGCCCCCAAUUCCUCCAGAUCCCCCGGAAGGACAAGUCUGGAAGCAUCGUGGGCGCCAAAUGGGUUCUGACUCUCAGUCUUGGAGGCGGCGGCCCGACUGGCGGUGCUGCAGUCAAGUACAUCACCGGCGAGUGGGACGGCACCACCUUCACCCCAGAUGUGCCCGCCAGCCUCGGCUCGCGGAGAGGAAUCUUCUCGCGCCAGGACACCUUCUCCAUCUACGACUUUGACUUUGGCCCUGACAAGUACGCCACCGCCUUCUUCCAUUUCCAGAACCUCAACGACGCCAACCAAGAUGCAUACUCCGUCUCAUGGGCAGUUGACGCUACGCUCUAUGGGUGCUGCACGCCGACCGACCAAGAGGGAUGGCGUCACUGCAUGGGUGGUGUGCGCCGCCACUGGCUGGACUCUAACACCAACCGACUCAUGUCAGCACCGGCUGGCGACCUGUCCAAGCUCGUGAGCACGACGUCCGGCUGGAACCCCAUUCUUGACGAGAAGGACGUGUCGGGCAUUCAGGGCAGCAGUGCCGUCAUCCGCGACUACAACCCGGCCGUAGAGUGGACCUUGACCGUCAAGAUGGCCAAGUCUCUCCUCCAAGAAGGCUCGACGGCCUCAGCUCAGCUGGCCUUCCAGGGCUCUCAGUCCAACGGCACGGAGCAAGUCUCCCUCGGUUUCGACUUCACUGGCACCUCCAACAGCGGGGCACCCACGGCCAGCCUCAACAUUGGUCGCGCGAGCGCAGUGUGGGAUAGGUCCGGCACUUUUGGCGUCUCCAACGUCCAGGCCCUCGAGGCCGCCUCGAGCGAGGGCUCCAGCGGCAACGUCGAGUUCCAACUGCACGGCAUUCUCGACCGCUCCGUCCUCGAGGUCUACGUCAACGGCGGCGUCGAGGCUGGCACCAUGCUCUACUUCACCGACAAGCCCCUGGACGGCAUCGUCCUCUCCCGCGGCACGGGCACCAACGACCAGGGCAUCACCUUUGACUUCAAGGCCGUCGCGCUCAAGAGCUCCUGGGGUUCGUACAGGGAGAACUCCGCCUUGCAGAGCACGCAGGACAAGUGGAGGACGGAGGAGCUGUGAGGAGCAGGUCCGCUUGAUAUCCCUUGUGAUUAGAGAUCUUGGUGGCUUUGUAGACGUCCUUCCAAGCGACCUUCCAUUUUGGGGGACGCGGAAGAGGGCGGAGAAGCGGAAGCGAUGCGAGACUUUUCCUAAUCAUGUUGGACAUGUGGCAUGAAGAGAGAUUCUAGAGCUCAGACAGGAGGGCUUUUCUUUUUUUGGGACCA